GCCCUCCAUUCGCUCGCGAGCCGCCGAGCAGCGAACACCCCAAACAAUCCCCAGCGCCGCCGCCAAAUUAAAUAACCUGCCCGCGCCCCGCGCCGUCCCCAGACCCCCCCUCCGCGGCCAAGUCUUCGGGCCGGGCCGGGCCGGGCGCGCAACCGGCAGCCGGGCCGGGGAUAUAGGAGCGGAGCUACGAGCCUGGGCCUCCUCGCUGCCUACGCCGAUACUGGGCAAGAAGUUGUCCGUUACAAAGGAAGAAAGAAAAGUAAGCUUGUACUUCGAAUUGGUUUUUGAAUAUCUUUCUAAUACAGUGGUGUUCCAGAAGAUGAUAAAGAAAUGAUAGCAGCUCCAGAAAUACCAACUGAUUUUACUCUCCUUCAGGAGUCUGAAACACACUUCUCUUCUGAUACAGACUUUGAGGAUAUUGAAGGAAAAAACCAAAAACAAGGCAAAGGAAAAACCUGUAAAAAAGGAAAAAAAGGACCAGCAGAGAAGGGGAAAAGUGGAAACGGAGGAGGGAAACCUGGUGGUCCGAAUCGGAUGAAUGGACAUCACCAACAGAAUGGUGUGGAAAACAUGAUGCUGUUUGAGGUAGUUAAAAUGGGCAAGAGUGCUAUGCAGUCUGUAGUGGAUGACUGGAUAGAGUCAUACAAACAUGACAGAGAUAUAGCACUUCUUGAUCUCAUUAACUUCUUUAUUCAGUGUUCAGGCUGCAAAGGAGUUGUUACAGCAGAGAUGUUCCGACACAUGCAGAAUUCUGAAAUAAUCCGAAAAAUGACUGAGGAAUUUGAUGAGGAUAGUGGAGAUUACCCACUAACUAUGGCUGGUCCCCAGUGGAAGAAGUUCAAAUCCAGUUUUUGUGAGUUCAUUGGAGUACUCGUCCGACAAUGUCAAUAUAGCAUCAUAUAUGAUGAAUAUAUGAUGGAUACUGUCAUUUCACUGCUUACGGGGCUGUCAGACUCACAAGUCAGAGCAUUUCGGCACACUAGCACACUGGCAGCCAUGAAGCUGAUGACUGCUUUAGUGAAUGUGGCAUUAAAUCUUAGUAUUAACAUGGACAAUACACAACGGCAGUAUGAAGCAGAACGAAAUAAAAUGAUUGGGAAACGAGCUAAUGAUAGGCUGGAACUCUUGCUACAGAAAAGAAAGGAGCUUCAGGAAAAUCAGGAUGAAAUAGAAAACAUGAUGAAUGCAAUAUUUAAAGGUGUUUUUGUGCAUAGAUACCGAGAUGCAAUUGCUGAAAUAAGAGCUAUAUGUAUUGAAGAGAUUGGAAUAUGGAUGAAGAUGUACAGUGACGCCUUUCUCAAUGACAGCUACUUAAAAUAUGUAGGGUGGACUAUGCAUGAUAAGCAAGGAGAAGUAAGACUCAAAUGCCUAACUGCUUUGCAAGGGCUUUACUAUAAUAAAGAGCUUAAUUCCAAAUUGGAACUCUUCACCAGUCGAUUCAAGGAUAGAAUUGUGUCUAUGACUCUUGACAAAGAAUACGAUGUUGCAGUCCAAGCAAUAAAAUUACUCACUCUUGUUUUACAGAGUAGUGAAGAAGUUCUGACUGCAGAAGACUGUGAAAAUGUCUACCAUCUGGUUUAUUCAGCUCAUCGGCCAGUAGCAGUUGCCGCAGGGGAAUUUCUUUAUAAAAAGCUUUUCAGCCGCAGAGAUGCUGAAGAUGAUGGAAUACUUAAAAGGAGGGGAAGACAAAGUCCAAAUGCUAAUCUUGUGAAAACAUUAGUGUUUUUCUUUUUGGAAAGUGAAUUGCAUGAACAUGCUGCUUAUCUUGUGGACAGCAUGUGGGACUGUGCAACAGACCUUUUGAAGGACUGGGAAUGUAUGAACAGUCUUCUGUUGGAGGAGCCUCUGAAUGGAGAAGAACCUUUAACGGAUAGACAGGAAAGUGCACUGAUUGAAAUAAUGCUUUGUACAAUUCGGCAAGCGGCUGAAUGUCAUCCUCCUGUGGGAAGAGGAACAGGCAAAAGGGUGCUGACAGCAAAGGAAAAGAAAACACAGUUAGAUGACAGGACAAAAAUUACUGAACUUUUUGCAGUGGCACUUCCUCAGUUGCUAGCAAAGUAUUCUGUAGAUGCAGAAAAGGUCACCAACUUAUUGCAGUUGCCACAGUACUUUGAUUUGGAAAUUUAUACAACAGGGCGAUUAGAAAAGCAUUUGGAUGCCUUACUGCGACAAAUCCGGGAUAUUGUGGAGAAGCACACAGAUAUAGAUGUUUUGGAAGCCUGUUCCAAAACGUACCACGCUCUCUGUAAUGAAGAAUUCACAAUCUUUAACAGGGUUGACAUUGCAAGAAGUCAGUUAAUAGAUGAACUGGCAGACAAGUUUAAUCGUCUUCUUGAAGACUUCCUGCAAGAGGGGGAGGAACCUGAUGAAGAUGAUGCAUAUCAAGUCUUGUCAACACUGAAAAGAAUCACUGCUUUUCACAAUGCACAUGACCUAUCAAGAUGGGACUUGUUUGGCUGCAACUACAAGUUAUUGAAAACUGGCAUUGAAAAUGGAGACAUGCCAGAACAGAUCGUUAUUCAUGCACUGCAGUGUACUCAUUAUGUAAUCCUUUGGCAGCUAGCAAAAAUUACUGAAAGCAGUUCCACAAAGGAGGAUCUUCUACGUCUGAAGAAGCAGAUGAGAGUGUUCUGUCAAAUCUGUCAACACUACCUGACCAACGUGAACACCGCCGUUAAGGAACAGGCUUUCACAAUUCUGUGUGAUGUGUUGAUGAUCUUCAGUCAUCAGAUUAUGACAGGAGGACGUGACAUGUUGGAGCCACUUGUUUACACUCCUGAUUCUUCAUUGCAAUCUGAACUACUCAGUUUUAUUUUAGAUCAUGUCUUCAUCGAUCAGGAUGAUGAUAAUAAUAGUGCAGAUGGACAGCAGGACGAUGAAGCUAGCAAAAUUGAAGCAUUGCACAAACGAAGAAAUCUACUUGCAGCUUUCUGUAAACUCAUUGUAUAUACUGUGGUGGAAAUGAAUACAGCUGCAGACAUUUUCAAGCAAUAUAUGAAGUAUUACAAUGACUAUGGUGAUAUUAUUAAAGAAACAAUGAGUAAAACAAGACAGAUAGACAAAAUCCAGUGUGCUAAAACGCUUAUUCUUAGUUUGCAGCAGCUUUUCAAUGAAAUGAUUCAAGAAAAUGGUUAUAAUUUUGACAGAUCAUCACCGACAUUCAGUGGCAUAAAGGAACUUGCUCGACGUUUUGCUUUAACGUUUGGACUGGAUCAGCUGAAAACAAGAGAAGCUAUUGCUAUGUUACACAAGGAUGGCAUAGAAUUUGCUUUUAAAGAGCCUAAUCCACAAGGUGAGAGCCAGCCACCAUUAAAUCUGGCGUUUCUUGAUAUUCUGAGUGAGUUCUCCUCCAAACUUCUCAGACAAGACAAAAGAACAGUGUAUGUUUACUUGGAGAAGUUUAUGACCUUUCAGAUGUCUCUACGAAGAGAAGAUGUGUGGCUGCCUCUCAUGUCCUACAGAAACUCGUUAUUAGCUGGUGGGGAUGAUGAUACUAUGUCAGUGAUUAGUGGAAUUAGUAGUCGAGGAUCUACAGUAAGAAAUAAAAAGACAAAGCCAGCAACAGGGAAGCGGAAAGUACCUGAAGCUGAAGAAAGCAGCAGUAGUGACAGUAUGUGGCUGAACAGGGAGCAGACAAUGCACACGCCAGUCAUGAUGCAGACGCCUCAGCUCACUUCCACAAUAAUGAGGGAGCCCAAGAGAUUGCGACCUGAGGAAAGUUAUAUGGGUGUCUAUCCUAUGCAGCCUGAACACCACCAAGCUCCCCUCGAUUACAACACGCAAGUAACGUGGAUGUUGGCUCAAAGGCAACAGGAAGAAGCCGCGCGACAACAGGAGAGGGCAGCGAUGAACUACGUCAAGCUGAGAACCAACUUGCAACAUGCUAUUCGACGUGGCACAAGUCUAAUGGAAGAUGAUGAAGAGCCAAUUGUUGAAGAUGUAAUGAUGUCAUCAGAAGGGCGGAUUGAAGAUCUCAAUGAAGGCAUGGAUUUUGACACCAUGGACAUAGACCUACCACCAUCAAAGAACAGGAGAGAAAGAACGGAACUAAAACCAGAUUUCUUUGACCCCGCUUCAAUCAUGGAUGAAUCGUUUUAGGUCCAAAACAUCCGAAGUCUGUAGUUUCUGCUUGCAGUUGCCCUUUUUUCCGACUUGAUAAAUCUGCAGUCUCUAUUCUCUUUAAAAAAUCUGCAUGAGGGAUUCCUUCUGUCUUGAACCACUUGUAAUGUAUGCAGCCAUUUUUGACCUUGUGUAGCUGGUACAAAAUUACACUGGAAAUAACAAGCUGCAGCAAGCCAGCAGAGGACAGUACAACAAGGCUUCCUGGGAAUCUUGGACAGCUUGGUGGAAUUUGGAAGACGGUUAUGUAUUUUUUUACAGUAUUGUUGCAGCGUGUGAACCUGCUCUUGUUAUGGGAAAAAGAAGACUUAAAUACUGUUUUAAAUGCAAAUCCAUAUAUUUUGUACCAGUAGGCCUUUACUUUAGUAAUAAUGAAUCAGAUUAGGUUGUACAUCUAGCUGUUGUGUGUUCUGUUCUUGAAGUAACACCAAGAAAGUUUAUCACCUGUUUUCUGACGUUUGUUUUGAAAGAGUUCUUCCCCUCCCCUUUCUUGAUUUUUAAUCGAUUUGAUCUGUGAAACACCAGCCACUUUUUAUUCUGGCAAUGCUGAAAAUGUGGUCUUCUGCAGGUGCGUUUCAUGGAUUUCAGAAAACCUUUGGCUUUUCAGUUUCUAAAAUCAAUUCAGAAUAGUUUCAAUAGGUUCACCGUUAGCGAGGUGUCUUUCCUGGUGCUUGAUUUCUCAUCCAUCCCGCCCCGUCAGCCCGGGCUUUGCCGGGCGCUGCUCAUUGCAGUGUGGGCGCCUCCCCACAUGAUGGCAGCCGGUGACAGCGGCAUUGCCGGCCCUGCCAUCCCUGCCAUCCCUGCCGGCCCUGCCAUCCCUGCCUGUGCCCCUGCUCGGAGAGCGGUGGUGCCCUGCAGGGCAUUGGUACGGGCAGGGGGCACCACCUAGCAAACCUUUCCCCCAGGCAGGAUGCAGCAGGGGGGGUGGUCCUGGAAGCAGGACUACAGAAAACAGCUGCAUCCCAGAUGCUCUAUAGCGUAAACCCCACCGCGAUUGCUUUAACUAAACGGGGGAAAGCUCUGCCGAUAGUUUAGGAGGCAACAUGAAUCCAUAUGACAUCGGAGCUCAACUUAUCAGUCAGUAUUUUAAAUGUAAAAAACCAAUUUCAUAAAUGCAAAAAAAAAAAAAUAAUCUUCUCUGAAUAAAGUUAAUUUGCUUUAUUCAUAUAAUUUAUUUCAGAAUUCCAUUACUCUCUUGGAGUUGUUGCACUUGUUUUCAAUAGAUCUAGACGUAAUAAAGCUGUUUAAUUUAUUCAGAUGCACAUGGUUUAUGGUCAAAAUUUUAGUCUGUCUUCUCGUUUUUUGAUGUGUCCACUUACUGCUGGCACCAGAGGCAGUUCUGUCUUCGUGUGCUAUGUUGUAUGAUGCAUCUAAAGUGAAUUUAAUGCGAAGAACAGUAAAAACUGGUUUGUAAACAGAUAAAUGUGAACAGCAGUGUUAAGGUUCAGGAAAAUUAAGUCUCUCGUGGCUCUCUCUGAUUUUAUAAAGUCCUAUAAAAGCUAAGACAGUCACAAGAUCUGGAUCUUCUGAGAUGGUUUGUCUGGCAUAUCAGUGGUGAUCCCUACUUCCAUUGGCGUAGAAAACUAUAUGGCUUGCUCCCACGUGGGAAGUGGAAACUGACUCUUCGUUUCAGGAAAGCUUUUUCUUCACUUAAUCACGCAGUCUCCUGAAGGACAGCAUUUUGAUUUUACCUGAUCAUUGCUUGAUUUUUUUCACUGUCUUCCUGACAGACUUGAUACAUUUAAUAGGAAAUAUUAAGUUUAUGUGCUGGCUAGCCACUCUGAGGCAACCUGUUGUUUUUAUGAACAGACACAGCAGCAGCCAGCGUCUAUAGAGUGUUUUGUCCCAGGCCAAGUUACUGGAAGCUACAGCUGUAGAAUGCCAUUGUCAAAAGAAGUAUAAGUUAGUCAACUAACUAAAAAUUAUUUUUCAAUUAUUACCUAAAAUAAUUGAAGCACAGGCUUUUAUCACAUCCCUACUGGAUCUAGCUAACUUCAAGUGUGGGAAAAAUCUUUUCUAACGAAUGAGGUGCCCUUUUCAUAUUAUUACAUAAAUCAGAAGUGUUUAUUAUUACAUAAAUCUGGUUUGGAAGAAAAAUAAACUUAUAAUGCCUUAACAUA